UCAGGUUCUCCAUUCCUAAAUCAGAAAAUUUUGCCAUGUGCCAAUAUAGGAGCUUAGUUAGUGCUAAUAGUUCCAAAAUUAUGGUAACAAAAAUUAUUAGAUAGUUGCAAACGAAAGACUAAUUGCAAGAUAAUCAAAUGAAAACAUCAAACUACGUGCACAAUCCAUCUUUAUAACUUGCCGUGCUUUCUAGGGGAUUCAAUCAUCAAUUGAAAAUGAUAACAUUUGAGUUACCUUAAUUUAUAACCACAAUGUUAGUACUAUAAAUACCAUAGUUACUCUAAGCAUUUCAUCCACAACAUUCAAACAGAGUAAUAUAUUAGAAUCAACAAAAAACAUUUAAGUGGUGAAAAUGGCUUUGACAAUCAAUUGUAAAUCUGCUUUUUUAGCUCUACUUGUGUUGGGAAUGUGGGCUAAUGAAGCCACAUCCCGUGACUUGAAUGAAGCCUCGAUGGUCCAGAAACACGAGAAGUGGAUGGCUCACUUUGGGCGUGUGUACAGAGAUGAUACAGAGAAGGCAAAAAGGUUCAACAUAUUCAAGGACAAUUUUGAUUACAUUGAGUCAAUCAACAAGGCUGGAAUGAGGCCUUAUAAGUUGAGAAUCAACGGAUUUGCAGAUUUGACAAAUGAGGAAUUUAGAGCCACUCAUAACGGAUACAAAAUGUCUUCUCCUCAUAUGUCAUCAAAAACAACAUUUUUCAGGUAUGAAAAUGUGACUGCUCCAGCUACCAUGGAUUGGAGAAAGAAAGGUGCUGUUACUGGAGUUAAGGAUCAAGGGCAAUGUGGAUGUUGCUGGGCAUUUUCCGCUGUUGCUGCUACUGAAGGGAUCAAUGAGAUCAAAACAGGCAAGUUGAUCUCCUUGUCUGAGCAAGAACUUGUGGACUGCGACACAAGUUCAGAUAUGGGAUGUGAAGGAGGUCUUAUGGAUGAUGCUUUUAAGUUCAUCAUCAAGAACCACGGGCUUACUACUGAAUCUAAUUAUCCAUACGAGGGAACGGAUGGCACUUGCAAAACUGGAAAGGAAUCCAAUGACGCUGCUAAGAUUACUGGUUAUGAAGAUGUCCCAGCCAACAGUGAAUCUGCUCUGUUGAAUGCUGUUGCCAACCAACCUGUAUCAGUUGCCAUUGAUGCUAGUGGAUCAGAUUUUCAAUUCUAUUCUAGUGGUGUUUUCACUGGAGAAUGUGGAACAGAGUUAGAUCAUGGUGUUACUGCCGUUGGAUAUGGAAUAACUAGUGACGGGACAAAGUAUUGGUUAAUCAAGAACUCGUGGGGGACUAGCUGGGGCGAGAACGGUUACAUUAGAAUGCAAAGAGGCGUUGUUCCUGAGGAAGGUCUUUGCGGUAUCGCUAUGCAAGCUUCUUAUCCAACUGCUUAAUUAAAUAGCUGAAAAGCUUGAUAGAAAGUUGCUAUCGAUUCGUCUUUAAACACUACUGUAAAUUCGUAAUUCACCUUGUU